CAAUUUGGAUCGGGGUAGUGGUGUGGUCUACAAUUCUCCGCGGCGGAUUGGUCCACUUCCCCAUCUUGGGCCCAGGUCCCCCAAGUUGAUCAGAUGUUCCCAUGGGAACGGCAUGUGGCUAUAAAGUUGAAUUUGCUGGGGCCAUGAAUGUGUGAUCACUUCAUUACAAUUCAUUGUUCAGUUGUCAGUCAUCUGAUUCGUUAAUGAGCUGAGUCGCAACGAUGGGAACGAAGUGCAGUGUCACCAACCCAAUUGUGCCUGGGUUCGCGCCAGACCCAUCGAUUGUGUUUGUCGAUGGAGUCUUCUUCCUGGUGACUUCAUCCUUUCACAUCUUUCCUGGGCUACCUAUCUACGCCUCAACGGAUCUUCAAGAAUGGAAGCACAUGGGCAACGCAAUCAAUCGCAAGGAGCAGAUCUCCCUCAAGCAUGCGAGCACAUCAGUGAUGCCUUUGGAUACAGGGAACAUCAUGGUCGCCAGUGCCGGCCUCUUUGCACCAACCAUACGCUAUCACCAAGGCACUUUCUACAUCAUCUGCACAAAUGCAACGCACAACCAGGACACCUUCGCCCUGGACAACUUCUACAUUUCCACUACCGAUAUCUGGUCAGGUAGAUGGUCCGACCCAACUCGCUUCCCUUUCAACGGCAUCGACCCCAGUCUGUACUUUGACGACGACGGUCGCGCCUACGUCCAGGGGUGCUGGAUGAUAGACCGCCUCAGGCAACCCAGCUGCACGAUCAAGCAAUUCGAGAUCGAUAUCGCAACGGGCAAGGCCAUAAGCGACACUUGCGAAAUUUGGGGUGGCUUUGCACGCUACGAUACCGAGGGUCCUCAUAUUUACAAGCGAGGAGGCUACUAUUACCUCCUCGUCGCUGAAGGCGGCACCUUUGAGCAUCACAUGUUGAGCAUCGGACGAUCAAAAGACAUCUGGGGACCCUACGAGUCCUGCGAGAUGAACCCUAUCAUGACUGCCGAUGGGAAACCAGAUGAUUACAUUCAGAAUAUUGGCCAUGGCGAGUUGUUCCAGGACCAGAGCGGCGCUUGGUGGGCUGCCGUCCUUGGUGUGCGGAACGAGAACGGUCGUCCGCCGCUUGGGCGGGAAACAUUUCUAACCGCGGUCGAAUGGCCGGAAGACGGGUGGCCAACGAUUCAGCAACCCGCGAUGGAGUUAGAGCGUAUUCUUUCUGGCCCUGUUGGUGGCAGUAAAUCACUGAUCCACGAGGCUCUGGCAGGUGUUGAUCUCGUAUACAUCCGCGAUCCUGAGUUCGACAGGUACCACAUCAGCGGCGCGAAUGACUUCACGCUGCAGUGCAGUGCUAGCGACCUAUCGACUCCUACCGCUACCGGCACAUUUGUCGGCAAGCGACAGAGAUCUAUUGAUGCCUCUGCUUCGGUAAGACUCAAAGUUGCCAGGGCCACACGAGGGAAGCCUGUAAGAGCUGGGCUCGCCAUUUAUAAGGAUGCACCGCGGCACGUCUCUCUUUCUUUUGACUUCGGGUCUUCAGAACUGUUGUUCAAAGUGACAACAACAUCAGAGGACAAGCUUCAGUCAACUUCCAUCCCAGUCCACGUUGACACAACUGUCCUGGGAAUGCGUCUGGAAGCAACUGCGCGGGAGUACACAUUUUCGUAUCGUGAGAACGAUUUGGGAGACUGGAUAGAAGCGGGGAGGGCGCAAGUUGCCGACUUGGUUGAGAGAGAGAUGACAGGUCCGAUCUUUGGUGUCUUUGCGCACGCUUUGGUGGAGGAAGCCGUCGGUUCCAAGGUUCAAUUCAGCAGUUUUGUGAUAGAUGGCAAUACGGCGGCAGUUGAAUGAACCGAAAAUUCGGAACAAUAGUAAGCAUGAUUUUGUCAGAG